AUGUCAGUCACGCCGUCUCUGCAACUCGCAGAGUAUCUCGAGAAGCUGCCCGGUACGACAUUUCGGAAGCUCUACCAGCAGCCCUCGACCGCUCUCGCCAUCUUUCGUCGCAUGCUACCACAGCUUGCAAAGGUUUUUGUCAUGCGCAUCCUCUUCAACCCGAAACCAAUCCUACUCAGCGACCUCGACGACUGGGUGAAACCGAGCCACAAGCGCCAAAAGGACCAGGCCCUGUCCGUCAUGCGCGUCUUGCACAUCGUGCAAAUCUCCACACCCUCCAAGGAACGACCACAGGAGAUGCAGCUCACGACCAACUUUAAAGUCUCCCUCCGACUCGCGCUCUCCGGUGGCGGCUCUCACAACUCGUUCGGCGUGCCAUCCACACUACAAAUCCCCCCCGAAAUCGAUAUUGACUUUCUCGAUCGCUACGCCCGAAAGAAGUGGGAGGACAUCCUGCACUUUGUCGUUUCGAGCGUGGGAUACAAAAGCGCAGGAGAAUCUUCUGGACCGAAUAAGAGCGUGAAAGAACUCCUCGUCGCAGGCCGUCUGGUCGACCGAAGACCCAGCGGCGCUAUUGGCAUCACCCAAGCCGGAUUCACCUUCCUGCUGCAAGAGGCGAAUGCCCAAGUAUGGACCCUUUUGCUACUCUGGCUUGAAGCUAUGGACGUCAACAAGAUGGCUGGUCUGGAAGCUACCGACAUGCUUUCCUUUCUCUUUGUCCUCGCCAGCAUGGAACUUGGCCGCGCCUACGAUACAAAUGCGUUAACCGAGCAGCGCAAAAACAUGCUCCCUUCUCUCGUCGACUUUGGUCUUAUAUACAUCCCCAACCACAAACGAUCCAUGUUCUUCCCCACGCGACUCGCCACGACACUCACAUCCAGCAGUAACAGUCUCCGAAGCAUCAGCGACGGCGUGGCAGCCGCCACAGCAGCAGCCCUCCAACCAGGCCAAUCCCGCGCGCCGGGAAGCAGCGCGACGGGAUCCAGCAAUGAGCAGCGCGGUAGCGUUAUUAUUGAAACUAACUACCGAAUCUACGCUUAUACGCAAUCCACGUUGCAAAUCGCCGUUCUGGCACUCUUCACCAAACUCCAGAUGCGCUUCCCUGACAUGGUAGCCGGACGCAUCUCGCGACAGUCCAUCCGCCAAGCCAUCAACUUUGGCAUCACAGCCGAGCAAAUCAUUUCGUACCUGUCCGCCCACGCCCACGACCAAAUGCGCCGCACCGCCUCGCUCAACAACAAACCCGUUCUUCCACCCACGGUAGUCGACCAGAUCCGUCUAUGGCAGCUAGAAAACGAACGUAUGAAGACGACAGGCGGUUUUCUGUUCAAGGACUUUGAGGAUCAUAAGGAGUACAUGGCUGUGGCAGGUUUUGCGGAGGAAGUGGGCGUUUUGGUGUGGCGCAAUGAUGUUAAGGGCAUGUUCUUUGCCAGCAAGCAUGAGCAGAUUAGGGAUUAUCUGCGUAUCCGUAAGAAGGCUGAGUAA